ACGAGAGCAUGAAAGCAAAAAGCGAAAGAAGGAGGGAAAGAGGUAGAGAAGGAAGAAAGGAGAAAAAGUGGAAGAAAAACAAAAGGGGGGAGGAAAGAGGUAGAGAAGGAAGGAGAGAAGGAAAGAAGAAGGAAGGAGGGAAAGGGAGAAAGAAAGAAAGAAAGAAAGAAAGAAAGGAGAGAAAAAGGGAAGGAAAGAAAGAAGGAAAGAUAGAAGGAAGCAUGGGAGCGAAGGAAGGAAGGGAAGAGGUAGAGAAGGAAGGAGAGAAGGAAAGAAGAAAAAGGAAGGACGGAGGGAGGGAAAGGGAGAAAGAAAGAAAGAAAGAAAGAAAGAAAGAGAAAGAAAGAAAGAAAGGAGAGAAAAAGGGAAGGAAAGAAAGAAGGAAAAAUAGAAGGAAGCAUGGGAGCAAAGGAAGGAAGCGAAGAGGUAGAGAAGGAAGAAAGGAGAGAAAGAGGAAGGAAAAGAAAAAGUGCGGAAAGAUGAGAGCGAAGGAAGGAAAGAAAGAGAAAGAGGGAGGGAAGGAAAGAAGGAAAAAGAACGAAGCAUGGAAGCAAAAAUGGAAGGAAGGAGGAAAAGGGAUAGAGAAGGAAGAAAGGAGAGAAAGUGGAAGGAAAACAAAAAGGGGGAAGGAAAGAGGUAGAGAAGGAAAGAAGAUGAAGGAGGGAGGGAGGGAGGGAGGGAAAGAAGGAGGAAAGGUUGGCCACACCAACGCGUGGCAGGUACAGAUAAUAAUAAUAAUAAUAAUAAUAAUAAUAAUAAUACUCUUUAUUUAUACCCCUCCGCCAUCUCCCCAACGGGGACUCGGGGCGGCUUACAUGAGGACAAGCUCGGACAACAUAUUACAGCAAAAUAAAACCAAAAUUUGGUUCCAAUGUAUAGCGAAUCCCUUUCUCUUCAUUAGUCCUGAAGUCAAGAACCUCAUCAUUUCACAUUAUACUGACCAUCAUGUUUAUUUCAAGCAUACCUCCCAUUGGAUGGAGAAGGUUAUUUGCACAUCACUAUGUUUUGGACUUUGUGGCAUAACUGGAUAGCAAGAGAACCACCCCAAUCCAUCAACCUUACCCUGAAAAGCUUUAUUUCUCAACAUGUUUUGGGGGAGUUUUGUUUAACUUAAGCGUUCUCGUCCCUUGUAUAAUGUUAAUGUAAAGAAAAAUCGUUCCGAGAUCAGUAAAGUUUAUUUUUGUUGAAAAUUAAAAGAGAAGGAGGUGUCUCUUCGAAAACU